AUGGCUACCAGAAAAGAUGAUUUUGUUACAAUAGCAAGUAUUAUAAAACGUGAAAUUCAGAAACGCAAGAAACAAAAAAAAUCCAAAAAUGAGUUGAUAAAUUGUGUUCCUAUUUCUAAUGCUUCAGCUGAAGAUGAAACAGAACUGAUAUUAUUUAAAAAAAAGAAGAAGAAAAAGAAGAGAGAUAAAAAAAUGCUACAAAAUGAUGAAAAUAUGAAUAACCAUAUAGGUACAUUGGAGGUAGAUGAGUUUUAUACUGAGACCCAUGAUGAAAAUAACAAACAUUUGAUUAAAGACAAAACAUUGUAUUCUAAUUUAAGCAAAGAUGAAUUCACAAGGAAUAUUAAUAUUUCUAAAAUUUCAGAAGGCGACUCUUUAUUUAAAAAAAAGAAGAAGAAAAAGAAGAGAGAUAAAAAAAUGCUACAAAAUGAUGAAAAUAUGAAUAACCAUAUAGGUACAUUGGAGGUAGAUGAGUUUUAUACUGAGACCCGUGAUGAAAAUAACAAACAUUUGAUUAAAGACAAAACAUUGUAUUCUAAUUUAAGCAAAGAUGAAUUCUCAAGAAAUAUUAAUAUUUCUAAAAUUUCAGAAGGCGACUCUUUAUUUAAAAAAAAGAAGAAGAAAAAGAAGAGAGAUAAAAAAAUGCUACAAAAUGAUGAAAAUAUGAAUAACCAUAUAGGUACAUUGGAGGUAGAUGAGUUUUUUACUGAGACCUGUGAUGAAAAUAACAAACAUUUGAUUAAAGACAAAACAUUGUAUUCUAAUUUAAACAAAGAUGAAUUCUCAAGAAAUAUUAAUAUUUCUAAAAUUUCAGAAGGCGACUCUUUAUUUAAAAAAAAGAAGAAGAAAAAAAAGGGAGAUAAAAUAAUGGUGCAAAAUGAUAAUAAUUUCAAAAACGAUGUAGGUACAUUGAAGGAAGAUGAGUUUUAUACUGAGAACUGUGAUGAAAAUAACAAAGAUUUGUAUUUGGACGAAACAAUGGACUCUAAUUUCAGCAAAGAUGAAUUCACAAGAAGCAUUUCUAUUACCAAUGAUUCAGAAGGGGACUUGUUAUUUAAAAAAAAGAAGAAAAAGAAGAGAGAUAAAAAAAUGGUACAAAUAGAUAAAUAUUUGAAAAACGAUAAAGCUACAUUGAAAGUACAACAAUUUUAUAAUGAUACCUGUAAUGACAAAAUCAAGUAUUUAAAUAAAAUCAAUAUAAGUGGUUCCAAUUUAAAUAGAGACAAUUCGACAACAAGUAUUCAAAUUGCAAAUGCUUCAGAGGAUGAUGAAGAAUUGACAUUGUUAAAAAGUCCAUUAAAAAAGUCCAAGUUAAAGAAGAAAAAAUCUAAGGCAAAAAAAGAAGAUACUGAGUCGUCAAAAUACGAAUCUAUACAAAAGAAUUUUAAAAAUGUGGAAGACCUGAAAAAAUGUAUAUCUGAAGAGCAGUCAAAUGAGAUUCACAAUGGUAAAAUUUGCAUCUUACAAAUAUCUUCCGAAAUAAAUGUUUUAGAAACUGCUAUGACUGCCUAUUAA